AUGCUUCCACCUGAAUCAAAGGACCCGUUCCCCAACGAGCUCAUCGGGCUCGUCAUCAACAACCUCGACAUCAACGAGGACCGCGCGGCGCUCAUUGCCCUGCUCCGCGUGUCCGCGCCAGUGUGGAGCAUGGCCGCAAAGGCUCUCUACGCCAACCUGGACAUCAGCGGCGACAUGAUGUGUGCGCUGCUUCUCGGCGGUGCGGACGCCACCCUGGCAGCCGACGCAGCGCCCUCCCACAGCAUCCGCCCGAUGUCUGGGUCGGCAAAAUACACAGAAGGCGCAAAGUCGAACAUGAUUAAGCGCCGGAGCUCGCGGGGCUUUACGGCCUACAUCAGAGCACACGACUUCCUGUUCCUUCCCUUUCCAGGUUGGGAUAUGGGCAUGAUGGACGCACUACGAAGUCGUGCACGGGAGGAACAGGCACAGUCUAGCAACAAGCCCACUGUCCAUGUUCCGCCGACGCACCGCUUGUGUGCUCGCACCAGGCUCGCCCUGUCAUUCACCCAGUCCCUCAACCUGCGGAACAUGCACGACGACGCUAUCAACGUCAUGCGGCACUCCGCCAUCCCUGGGGAACCCCUCUUCCCCAACGUCACCAAGAUCCACCUGUACACGACCGCCGAACCGUACGAUAUUAAUUGGAAGCCUCCGGUCUCCGCCAAGGUGCACCAUGUACCUGGCAUCCAUCUGUUUGACACAGUCGACAUCUGUGCCUGGCAGAUCGAGUCGGCCGCAAUCGCCGAGUAUCUGAGCCCGCGGCGCAUUCGAACUCUCAACAUCCACAAUGACCUCAUGCUCCCAUUGAGGCAUAGCUUUUCGUUCGACCGCGGCGUCAACCCGUCGGUGUGGACGAACGAAUCCCUCGUCCACUGGUUCGUUCAAGCGCUCCUCGAGUACGACUUCGAACGGCCAUUCGAUGGACCAGCGGACCCGGGCAUGCCCUACGCGAGGUGUUGGAUCGGCGAGCAGAUCAACUUCGAUGAUGUGCCUCUGCCUGCAGCGGGUGGCUUUUUCGGCGGUCCAGGCCCCGGUGGGCUCGCUGGGAUGCCGGGGAACGGUGGUCCCGGUCUCGGAGCUCUCGCUGGUAUGGCGGCGGGCACCGGCGGUCCUGCUGGCCCGGCGCCCCAGAACCCCAUCGGCUUCGUGCCGAUGCCAAACCUCGGCGGCCCAGCCUUCGGCGCGCCGGGAACCAUGACAACAUGGGCUGGCCCUGCUGGUCCUGCUGGUCCUGCUGGUCCUGCUGGCCCUGGCGGUUCAUUCGCGGCGGGCGCCCAGCAGACCGCUGCUGGGGCUCCCAUUCCCGGCACCGUUGCGCCGCCCGCUGUCUUCGCUCCCCCCUUGGUUCCCCUACCUCAAGGCAACGGGGCGGGUCCAGCCGUCGGAGCCGCAGCUCCGAUUCACACCUGGCUGCCGGCUGCCCUCACACAGGCGGCUGCGAUAACCGGCCAGGCGGCGACUCCGAUGGCGCCAGGCAAUGGUCCUCAAGCCAACGCUGCCCCCCACCUCAACCCCUUCGCAGUCCUCGCACUCCUCCCUCCCCACCUGACCCAUGCUGGGGCUCUCCCACCACAACCCCCGACCAACCCCGCCAACAACAUGCCGAUGGCCACUGCGGCCAACUUUCCGGGCAACGUCAACCCCCAACUCGCGGCGGCUCUGCAAAAUCUUCUUGGCACCCCCAACUUGGUUCCACCGCACCUAGCCGCGCCCGUCCCCAACGCCGUUCCGGUGGCCCCUCCGUUGCAAAUGCUGCCGGCCCGCCGCUAUGGGCAACUUCCUCGGCGGGUUUGA